GCGGCGGUGGCGGCGGCGACCGAGGGGCCGGGGCGUGGAGCGGCGGUGGCGGUGGCGGGCGACCAGGGAGCAGCCAUGAGGGCCGGGCCCAGUCCCCGACAUGUGAGUGACUGCCACAUGCGGUGUUGAUGCCUGUCUGCCAUGCUUGCCUGUCUACCAGGGCCAGCAGACCUGUCCUUUCAGCUUCUUUCUCACACGCAGAUGAACACUGGACUUCAGAAAUGGGACACUACACAGAAAAUGAGAACUGCUCACUAUCCUACCCCAGCCGAAUUGGACGCGUAUGCUAAGAAGGUCGCAAACAACCCACUGACUAUAAAAAUCUUCCCCAACAGUGUGAAGGUUCCCCAGCGGAAACACGUUCGUCGUACUGUGAACGGCCUCGACACAUCAGCCCAGCGCUACAGUCCCUAUCCGGCCCAGGCUGCCGCCAAGGCAGGCCUGCUUGCCAUUGUCAAAGUGCCAGCCAAAAGCAUACUCAAGGACUUUGACGGCACCCGAGCUCGGUUGCUCCCUGAGGCCAUCAUGAACCCCCCAGUGGCCCCCUAUGCUACUGUGGCACCCAGCACUUUAGCCCACCCCCAGGCCCAGGCUCUGGCCCGCCAGCAGGCCCUGCAGCACGCACAGACCCUGGCCCAUGCCCCUCCCCAGACGCUGCAGCACCCUCAGGGUAUCCCGCCGCCCCAGGCCCUGGCCCACCCUCAGAGCCUCCAGCAGCCUCAGGGCCUGGGCCACCCUCAGCCGAUGGCCCCCAGCCAGGGCCUGGUCCACCCGCAGGCCCUGUCUCACCAGGCUCUCCAGCACCCCCCCAACCCCUUGUUGCACGGAGGUCGGAAGAUGCCAGACUCAGAUGCCCCCCCGAAUGUGACCGUGUCUACCUCAACUAUUCCCCUUUCCAUGGCGGCCACCCUGCAGCACAGCCAGCCCCCGGACCUGAGCAGCAUCGUGCACCAGAUCAACCAGUUUUGCCAGACGAGGGCAGGCAUCAGCACUACCUCAGUGUGCGAGGGCCAGAUCGCCAACCCCAGCCCCAUUAGUCGCAGUCUGCUCAUCAAUGCAAGCACGCGGGUGUCGACCCACAGCGUCCCCACACCAAUGCCUUCUUGUGUGGUCAAUCCCAUGGAGCACACCCAGGCGGCCACGGCCGCUUUGCCGGCCACAGGCCCUGUCAACCUGCCCACUGGCAUCUCUCGCGCCCCCACUGGCUACCCUAGCGACCUCAAGCCAGUUGCCUGGAACCAGCACCAGCUGGCCCACUUGCAACAGAUGUGCAGUGAGGCUGGUGGGACACCGGUCCCCGGCUUGACAGGCAAGCAUGCGGCAGGACGCGAGUUGGCAGGGUCCGGCUUUGUGGGCAAGGCCCCUGCCUACCCGCAGGAGCUCUGCCUGGCACAGUCCUUCCAUCUGAAGCCAACUGUGGAGAAACCAACCCCAUCCCCACCAGUCAACGGCCUGGCAGCCCCACUGGCCUACCCCAAUGGCCACUACUUCCAACCCCUGUGGAACAACAUUCUGCCCACUCCCAAUAGCGACAGCUCGGGGUCUCAGGACCUCGCUAUGCCAUUCCAUGGUGGGCAGCCCACGGGUGCACCCCUCGACUGUGCGGCAGCUGCUGGGGCCCAUUACCGAGCUGCAGGGACCGGGGGCGGUCCAGUGGCGAGCCAGAACAGCUUGAUGCCAACAGUGGAUUACCUAAGUGGGGAUUUUCAGCAGGCCUGCUUUCGAGAACAGAGCCUGGCCAUGCUGAGCAAGGCCCACCGAGCCCCUGGCAGCCGAGCCCCUGAUCCCACAGAUAGUCGGAGUCUUCAUAUUCAGCAUCCUGGGUACAGAUAGGGAGCCCAGGUGCCGCCCUCUAUGAGCCACACAUCACACAUCACCCCUCUAGAUUUAGUCCACUUUUGAGUAAUUGGGUAGUUUGAAAGUUUCAUUGCUCCAAUGUGAUCAUGCUUAGAUGUCUAAGAAAGGGAAUUUGGUGGGAUCUGCUUGAGGUCAGAGGGGGACCCUCUGUGCUCUCACCCUCCCCCCACCACCCCUGUAGCUUUGGGUUUAUGUUAGGGUCUGACCCCAACCCCAGGCUCACUCACCUCUCUGCUGCCUGCUUCUCUGUCAGCCCCGCCACCACCUCCUUUAUUUCCCAGGACCUCUGUCUCCUUCCCUGGGAAACCCUCAGUGAGGGAGUGCUAGACUCCAACCCCCUAAAUUAGGCCUGCCUCUUUCUCUUUGGAACUAAAAAGCCAGACUUCCCAAGUGCUCUGGAAGAGAAUUCCUUAUUUUCCCAAAGACCUCAAAUCAAAACUGACCCAGUUCGCAUUUCUGCAUCUCUCUGUCCUCAAGGUUCCUUUACAUCUCUGUGGAUCCCAGAGCCACUGCACUUGUCCUUGCCAUAUACUGAACUCAAGGGCACCCUGCAGGCACCUGACAUAGCCUUGAGACCUGGGGAGAAGAGUUUGUCUUUGUAUUGGCAUCUUGGUUCCUGAAUCCCUUUUUCUUCUCUAAAGAAAUGCAGUGUCCGUGUAAUAGGCCCAGAAUCCCUUUCUCACCGUUGCCUCUUUCCUAACUCACCUGUUGCUCUCAUCCCCCCACCCACCUCAAAAAGAAAAAAACAAAAAGAAAAAGAACAAAAAUGAAAUAAAAUAAGAAAAAAGAUGUUACUUGAGGAAUUGGUAGGUAAGGGAUGAUCACAUUGGAGUUUGGAGUUUAAACACCAAAAAAAAAAGUUGAAAUGCAUUCGGUUCUCUACACUGGCUAGGAAUAUUGCUCUACACUGUAAGUUUUUGAUGUCAUGUUUCUGUACGAAUGUAGUGUGAGUUGAGUAGCAUUGUGCGUGAGUGGCCCCACAGGUACAUUGACCCGCUAGACACCUCCUUUCACAGCCUCCCCCCCAGUUUUAAUGAAGAAAGAUAGGAGGGGGGGUGGGGAAACACAAAGCCUUAAGCUCUUAAAUUCUUCCUUGACCCAGUGGGCAUGAUUCUUAGCGCUGGGGAUGGGCCUGCUGUGGAAACAGCCCCUCCUGCCCCUGCCCAUUGGUCCACACUCCAUGUGGCUUCUGCCCUAGUGAUGGUUCCUUGGCUAGAAAUGGAAAACUUUGCUGUAAUCUUAAACUUAGGUAUUGUUUGGUUGUGAUUCUUUAACUCUCAUCUUCUGUUUAAGAUGCAUAAUUGGGCUUAAAACAAACAAACAAACAAAAAACCAAACAACCAAAUAUGCCCUACCCUUCCUCUUGUCUCUGGAGAAUGUGAGCUGAUGUUCUUAUUUAAACUUUUGCGUUUUGUUUACUAUGUUAUCCACUGUUCUUUAGCCAGAAAUUCUCUAGUGAUCUGAAGCGAUGUGACUGAAGACCAGUUUUUAUAUUAUGUGUUGGCAAGUUGCCUUAUAUUUAAAAAGAGGAAAGAAAAAAAUGCCUGAUUGUGUUAUGCCAAAUGAUAGCAACAUGCAGUCCUAAUUUAUUGUUGCCAGUAGUUUUCCUGCUGUCUGAACACUGGUACCUCCCUGCCCUGGAGCCCAGGGGCACCUGCAGCUUCCGGUGCUCAGCUUGCUCCCUGCACCUUGGUGCUGGCCGCCCUCCCACCUCGGGGGCCCCUGCCACCUCUUGCUUGUCUUGAGUUAAAUUUGCAGAGCACCCACUAUCUGCCCUUUUUUCUUGCUUGAACUCCUAGCCAGAUAUUCUUGCGGAAUUUUUUUUUCCAAUGCCUCUCCCCAAGAGGUGAGCUACCACAUUAGAAAAAUUGGAACAGGCACCAUCUUGGGGCUUCAAAUCAAACAACCUCAAACCUGUCUCUUCCUGUGUAGGGGUGCAAGUCUCUGAAGCUCUUACUCCCACCCCUAGUCUGCAUGGAAAAUGUACUGUGACACCCGCCCUAUCUCCCCCCCCCCCCCAAUUUCCUCACCAUUGGUGUGAGGUGUUUCCUAGUAUACCCAAAGCCCCUCUCCUCUGCCAGCCAACCCCUAACCAGCAAUAAGGGUCCAAGCCAGGGCCUCCUGUCCACACUCCCCACCUCCAUCCCACAUGUCCCUAGGGAACACCGGAUCCCCUGCUGUCCACAUACUGUAGCAUUCAUUCUCCAUCUCCCUCACCUUCUCACCUGUGGUGGUUUAUGGGUGUGAUGGGGUUUUUAAGAUUAUUAUAAAUCAGUAAAAAAGAAAAAAACA